AUGGAUGAUGCUAUUCGUCCGAAUAGGACGGAUUUUGAUCGAGUUCUCUGUGAAAGUUUCAAAUUAUGGUCCUCUUAUCUUAACACUUCCGAUACUCCACCCCAACUCCCGUUUGAUUGUAUCAACUUGAAGAAGCUCCUCAGGCGAACGCCUUCUUUUCUUGGAUUCGGCCUGCUUCCCCAAGAUGUUCAUAUUCCCUUGAGACUUGUGAAAAAAGGGUCCAGAGAAGGCCAUUACGGCCUUAUGUCCAGCUGUCGCUCGAUUUGGAGGACUUCCUGUAGCAAAUGCCCCCUUGAGCCCAAAGCCAUACCCGCUCACCUAAUAUUGGGGGUUCAAAAUCCACUCACGGUGCAGAUUUCUGACUCUGCUCCCUUAACAGAGUGGCCAGGUAUUAAAGGAAUAUCGGGCCAUGACGAAGGCAACUAUCUUGCAGUCUUAUUCCUUGCUUGGGCUUAUAUUUUUUCAGCACGAUGGGCAGAACUAUUAAAAAGUGUAUCGGGUUGCAAUAUCAAAUUUACAGCUGAAAAUAACCCAUUUUCUAUCAUACCCGGCAAUGAAUGUGCGGCUGAGAUCGACUUUGGAUAUCAUGUUGAAAAAGACGAAGCUGGCUGGUGGGCUGCUAUAUUAUCUUCCGGGGGCUGCCGGCACAUAACAGCAGACUAUAACCAGAGAACAUACUUGUCCCCAUGGUCUGUUACGAUCUCGGAUACAUCGCGCAUUGCUGUUAUGGGAAGUCCCUCAGUUUCUGGUAUUGAGCUGCCGUCAUCCAGCGUUGCCCUUGAAUAUCUAGCUCGGUUUUGUUCCCACCAUCGCCUUUACGGCCAAUGUUCUGCUGCUCUCGCUGCGGUGCUUUAUGUUCCUUUCCUUAAUGGGAGAUCGGUGUCACUGCCAACGCCAAAACAAAUCCUACGCCCACAGUCACCCGCAAUAUUCGCUCAACCAAAUAUUGAUGUCAUUGGGGAGCAUGGAAACCUCCUCCCUCAUUACAUGACACUGAGCUCCAAUGUGUGGGGAGUGCGGUCCCUACUCUGCAGCACCUUCUUUAAUGCAGAUAUCGAAUGUAACCUGGUCAGUGCUUGGCUAAACCCUGCAUUCACUAUAAUAGAUCCUCUUCUUCAAGCGAAUGAUAUGCCUAUGCUCGUGAAGGUCCUAGCAAAUCGAGAACCUAAAUUUGGCAGUCUGUGGCUCGGCGCAAUUAUUAUGGGCAUUGCCAAGUCUACAAUACAAGAUAUUCGGACUGGGCUCACAGCGCUGGACCUUCACGCCGCUGCCUGGACCGGGACAGAUCAGUCAUUUAUAACAUUGAAGCCAGGCAUUAGCGACGGGAAAACGAUACGCCGCGAAGAUGAGUGUCGCCUACUCUUCAUUACAGGUUGCGAUGGAUUUACUAGAGUUCCAAUUUACCCUUGGAAGCCUUUUGGAGACACUCUGCUGUACGACACAGAACCCCAGGUUCAGCAGCAUGCAUGUUGCGGAUGCCAUUAUUUAGAAUAUUACUCUUGGAACUGGAGUCUAGCAAAUGGUGAAGAACUUGAAGAUCUGGGCAUAGGUCUUGUUCCUGAUGACGAAAAUGAUUUAAAUACAGAUGCACGAGACCAAUAUCCAGUAGCACGACACGAUCUUAAAUUGUUUUCAGAGUCAUUGUCAGAGGCGGCUACACGCGGAAUAUUUGGCUGGUUACGGUCAACAGGAUAUCCAGCUAAUGAAAGGCCUAUAUACCAGCACUCAUGGAUUGAUAUUGAAAGCUCUGAUGAUGAGGGUGUGGAUGGCAUCGAAUCUGGUUCUAUUGAGGGCUCUGGCUCACAGGAAUUCAUCGAUGAAUGGCUUAGGAAGCUUGACUGA